AUGUGGCUUCAGAACCUGCUUCUCCUGGGCACUGUGGCCUGCAGCAUCUCUGCACCCACCGGCCGAUCCAACGCUGUCACUCAGCCCAUGCAGCAUGUUUAUGCCAUCAAGGAGGCCCUGAAACUUCUGAAGCAGAGUAAUGACCGUGCUGCUGUGCUGAAUGAAAUGGUAGAAGUCGUCUCUAAAAGGUUUGACCCCCAGGAGCCAACGUGCCUGCGGACCCGCCUGGAGCUGUAUAAGCGGGGCCUACGGGGUAGCAUCGUUAAUCUCAAGGGCCUCUUGACCAUGAUGGCCAGCCACUACAACCCAUCGUGCGCCCCCACCCCACACAAGGCAAUUUCCUGUGAAACCCACUUUAUCACCUUCAAAAGUUUCAAAGAGAACCUGAAGAAUUUUCUGGAAGACAUCCCCUUAGACUGCUGGGACUAA